GCCCCGCAUGACCUUGGGGGGGGGUAGGGGGGUCGAUGGUAUAUUCUUUCCUGGUCUGGCAAGGAAAUUGCUCCCUUGCUGCUGGGCAACCUCCAGAAGCUAUAGAGCUCCACGUCCAUCCCUCACCCCAAUGACCUCAAUCCACCAUUUAUUUAUCUUCCUUUUGAAAAGUGAUUGUCUCCUAUAUACUUAUACCCGAGCCUUCCGUCUGAAAGAGUAUCACUUCCAGGAUCAUCCAGACCACGAAUACGAUGUCUGGGCCGUUCUUUCCUAUUCCAUGUCUUCUCUAUCAAUACCCGCGGCUUGGCCGGCUGUUUUCCUUUGGUGUCUGGAUAACGAUUCUGUUGGGUUCAACAGUGGGUGCUCAGAGCUACUGGGCAAGUGAGUUGGAUGGAGCGCAGGCAGGUGUUUCUGGGGUCAAUGCCUCCUUUGACUAUAUCGUGGUUGGUGCAGGGACUGCGGGCUUGACUCUCGCAGCUCGCUUGGCAGAACAGAAAUUCACGGUGGCGAUGAUUGAAGCAGGGGAUUUCUAUGAACACACAUACCCGCUGGCAAGUAUUCCCGGUGCUGCCAUUGUUGGCAUAGGGGCCGAUGUCAACACCGUAACCCCCGUGGACUGGAGAUUCGUCGCACAUGCGGUGCCCGGAGCCAACUAUCGCAAUAUCCACUAUGCCAGAGGCAAGUGUCUGGGAGGCUCGUCAGCCUCCAACAUGAUGAUAUACCAAAGACCGAACAAAGAGGCGAUGGAAAGGUGGGCUGAGGUCGUCCAUGAUGAUAGCUACACCUUCAGACGCGUUCUUCCUUUCUUCCAAAGAACGGCCAACUUCACUCCUCCCGACAAUAGCAAUCGUGCACACAAUGCCUCGGCGGCAUUCAACAUGGAUGCGUUCACUAAGCGCGGCGAGCCUCUGCAGGUAUCCUACUCCGACAACCCCGCGUCCUUUUCUAGCUGGAUGAAAAGUGGAAUGGAGGCUAUAGGCAUUCGGUCUAUAGAAGAUUUCAACAGUGGGACAUUGCUGGGUGCCCAGUAUUGCACUGUGACCAUUCACCCAACCGAGAAAACACGGAGUAGCUCUGAGGCUGCAUUCAGGAAUGCGAAAAGACCACGCCUUGCUACUAUGUCCUUAUACAGGAACACGAUGGCGAAGAAGGUUCUUUUCAACUCCAAGAGACGAGCGACUGGCGUGCAAGUCAGAACUCGGAGCUUGAGAUAUACGCUGCAGGCUAGACGAGAGGUCAUAGUCUCCGCGGGUGCAUUCCAGAGCCCUCAGCUCCUGAUGGUGUCUGGAGUCGGUCCAAGUGCUGCUCUGAAGGAGCAUAACAUUGAUGUUGUCGUGGACCUUCCGGGCGUAGGGCAGAAUAUGUGGGACCAUCCGUUCUUCGGACCAUCCUACCGGGUUAAUCUCGAAACAAGCACUAGAAUUGCCAACGACUUGACAUAUAUGUCUGCAGUGAUUGUGGAGUAUAUGACCCAGCGCCGAGGGCCACUGACUGCUCAGGGGAGUGACUAUUUAGCCUUUGAGAAGCUUCCUGACGACGCGCGGGCCCAUUUCUCUGCGGAAACGAAUCGUGAUCUUGCAUGGUUUCCCCAUGGUUGGCCUGAAGCAGAGUACCUUCCGGUUGCACUCUACCUCGGAAACUUCUCCGACCCUCUCUCGCAACAACCGCGAGAUGGCUCAGACUAUGCGACGAUUAUAGGAACAAUCAUCGCGCCCACAUCUCGCGGGAACGUCACAAUAAUUUCAGGUGAUACGGACGACCUUCCCAUAAUCAACCCCAAUUGGCUCGCAACAAAAGCCGACCAGGAGGUAGCCAUAGCUAUCUAUCGGAGGAUCCGCGAAGCGUUCCACAGCGAGGGCAUGGCACCGAUUGUUCUCGGGGAGGAGUACUUCCCAGGAAACAAGGUGCAGAGUGACAAGGAAAUCCUGGAGGUUAUCCGAAAUACAGUUAUGCCUAUCUUCCAUGCUUCGUGCACAUGCAAGAUGGGUGUCCGCAAAGACCCCAUGGCUGUGGUCGACAGCCGGGCUAGGGUGUUUGGAGUCGAUGGACUAAGAGUGGUUGACGCCAGUGCAUUUCCAAUUCUGCCUCCUGGACAUCCCCAGUCUGUAGCAUAUAUGCUCGCAGAGAAGAUCGCGGCUGAUAUCAUAAUUGGACCUGAUUUUCCUCGAAUGGACUGAACUUGGCAUCCUAUUGGUUGUCA